AUGGGCUCUGGAAAUACAGCACCUUCUUCUUCCGGGCGCCCUGAUAUGUCUGUCUCUGGCAAGUCUUCUGAUUUCUCUUACUUUUGGGGUGACGGGAAAAAUCUUUACAAAUUGGCAUUUGGGAACCAUUUAUGCAGUGACAUAUUAUCUGUUUUCUGGGCGUUGGAGUCUUGGGGAAGAAGAGGAGUCGUGCCUGAGGUCCGUCAGAAUCACCAGCUGGAACUAGAAAAUUUGACACUAACCACACAACCCUUCAAAACAUUGAAAUUCUUCACAUUAGCUGUAAUUCAAUGCAUCAAGAGGACAGCAUUAUAUCUAUUGGCAAAAGGUGGGUGGGUUAUGCUUUUCAGUGUUGUGGUUGGGAUUUUUGGCGUAGUGCUGAUGACCCAUGGUGGCCUCCAUGAGAAGCAUCUUGAGGAGCUUCUUGAAUAUUUUCGCUUUGGACUGUGGUGGGUGGCCCUUGGGGUUGCUUCUUCAAUUGGUCUCGGAUCGGGCUUGCACACAUUUGUCCUAUAUUUGGGUCCACACAUAGCACUGUUUACAAUAAAAGCAGUGCAAUGUGGCCGAAUUGAUUUGAAAAGUGCUCCAUAUGACACAAUACAAUUAAAACGAGGCCCUUCUUGGCUUGAUAAAGACUGUUCUGAGUUUGGGCCACCAUUAUUCCAGUCAGAAUAUGGUUCACAGGUUCCACUUAGCAGCAUUUUGCCUCAAGUUCAGAUGGAGGCUAUGUUAUGGGGUAUGGGAACAGCCAUAGGGGAGCUUCCUCCUUAUUUUAUCUCCAGGGCAGCACGCUUGUCUGGGGGCAGAGUGGAUGCUAUGGAUGAAUUGAAUAGUGACGAUAAAGGAGUCUUGAAUCAAAUUAAGUGCUGGUUUCUUUCACACUCACAACAUAUGAAUUUCGCUACUAUUCUAAUACUUGCUUCGGUUCCAAAUCCUCUAUUUGACCUUGCUGGCAUCAUGUGUGGACAAUUUGGCAUUCCAUUUUGGAAAUUUUUUCUUGCAACCUUGAUUGGAAAGGCAAUUAUUAAAACUCACAUACAGACUAUAUUCAUUAUCUCAGUUUGCAACAAUCAACUUCUUGACUGGAUUGAGAAUGAAUUUAUUUGGAUUCUCGGUCAAAUACCUGGUUUUGCUUCGGUCUUGCCUAAGGUGACUGCUCGUCUCCAUGCAAUGAGAGAUAAGUAUUUGAAAGCACCCCAUGCAGUUUCCCCAAAUAAGCAGGGGAAGAAAUGGGAUUUUUCUUUUUCUGCUGUCUGGAACACUAUUGUGUGGCUCAUGCUUAUGAACUUCUUUGUCAAGAUAGUAAAUUCAACUGCGCAGAGGUAUCUGAAGAACCAGCAGGAGAUACAUCUUUCUGAAUUAACGGAAAAGUCUACCCCAACAGACUCAGACGUUCAAUGA